AUGGCCCUACAAAUUCUACUCGAUCAACAACUGUUUGCCAAAAGAAGUAAAUGCAAAUUUGGCUGUCGAGAGGUGGAGUAUCUAGGAUAUUUGGUAUCGAGUAAGGGGGUGAGAGUAGAUCCCUCCAAAUUACAAGCUAUGAUUGAUUGGACUUUACCUAAGACUCUCAAAGCUCUAAGAGGGUUCCUAGGUCUUACUAGGUAUUAUAGGAGAUUUAUUAAGGGGUAUGGAGCCAUAGCCACACCCCUGACCAGUUUACUUAAGAAAAAUAGGUUCCACUGGAAUGAGGAAGCUAAGAAGGCUUUUAGGGAAUUAAAAGAGGCAGUGUCUACUCCCCCUAUUCUAGCCCUACCAGACUUCACGAAGAAAUUCACAAUUGAAUGUGAUGCAUCAGGCAAGGGGAUUGGGGCAGUACUUAUGCAACAAGGGCAGCCAAUAGUAUACUUCAGUCAAGCCUUGAAGGGCAGAGCCCUUCUCAUGUCAACCUAUGAGAAAGACUUGGUAGCUUUAGUGACAACAGUUAAGUAG